CACGUUUUGGAAACAAUGCUUCUCUCAUCCUUAAAGUAUAGACUUCAAUACUUGAAUAUGUCGGUCCUAGAUAUCGCACAUUUGUGGCGAACAUGUCAAUAGCUUUAUUUUUUACGGCCGCAGCCUGUUUAUUACCCUGGAUUGCCUAUUUUAUUGCAAACUGGAAGUUGUUUGCUAUUGCCACCUCUGCCCCACUAAUUUUGGUUGUGUUAACUCCCCUUGUUAUUCCAGAGUCGGCAAGAUGGCUUGUAUCGCAAGGCAAAGUGGAACAGGCUAUAUCUAUACUGAAGAGGCUCGAGAAAGUGAAUGGAAAACACGUACCCAUGGAUACAUACCAAGCUUUUAGUGCUAGUUGCUUGAAAUUGAAACAAGAAGAGUCUAAAAAUAGUAGUUAUUCAAUUUUAGAUCUUUUUAAAACGCCCCGUUUGCGACGGACCACAAUUCUACUCAUUGUCAUUUGGAUGGCAAUUUCGCUAGUAUUUGACGGUCAUGUACGGAAUGUAAGCUCUCUGGGAGUGAACGUAUUUUUCACCUUUACCGUAGCUUGCUUCACAGAGUUCCCAGCAGAUACUAUCCUAACGCUUAUACUAGACAAAUGGGGACGUCGUUGGUUGGCAUGUGGAUCUAUGAUUGCCAGUGGCAUUUUCAGUUUGCUCGCAACACUUGUUCCACCUGGAAUUUACUUUGCUUCUUUAGCUAUUAUGGGUCGCUUCUUUGUUAAUAUUUCAUACAAUAUUGGUUUGCAAUAUGCUGCUGAAAUUUUGCCUACCGUUGUCCGAGCUCAAGGAGUCGCUUUUAUUCACAUUAUGGGAUAUGUUGCGAGCAUUAUAGCUCCCUUUGUUGUAUAUUUAGAAAAGGUUUCCCCGGCCCUUCCACUGGUAAUUUUGGGCGUUCUAGGAAUCAUUGGCGGAAUACUGGCUUUACUACUGCCAGAAACGCUUAAUCAUGAUCUUCCUCAAACGCUUACAGAUGGUGAAGACUUCGGACGGGGGCAGAGCAUAUGGGACUUCCCGUGUUUGGCAAAAAAAUUGGAUGAAUGCACCGACUUAGAAGUGAGACCACAAAGUUUUGCCCGCUCAACACAAACCGGCGCAUCGCUCCGAUCUUCCACCCGUGGGGAACUACGGUCGAGCAUUUUAAGAAGAUCAGCUAAUUCCCGUUACUCAUCAAAACUAUGAAUACGUUCAAAUAUUUUGCUAGGUUAAAAAUUUCAUAAGUACAUUUGAAGCAAAGCUUCUCAAACGUUGUUCAAGAAGUUGAUUGAGUCCAUACACUUGUGAUAUUAGGAAUAAGUAUACGGGACAAAAGCAUUUUAAUAAAGUGUAGAGUUGUAAUGGUGCAACAUUAUUAAAACUAUUGCAUAUUGUUCACUGAAGUAUUUAAUAAAUAAAUAA